CGGAGGAGGCGUCCAGUCUCCCCAGCACCGCCGCCGCCUCCUCACCUUCUUACCUGCUCUGUUAUGGCGAAGUUCCGUGGCUUGGGGCCGUCCGUGAUUUUCCGAGGUUCCUUCGUGUGUGAAUUUGGGGUGGCAGUUGAUUUUGGUUUUCUUCUAGAGAAACGACCCAAACUUUGACAAAGAUAGAAUUCUGUCAAGUGUGUCGUAAGCACUUGGUGACUUCCCCCAAUACAGUGUUCUCCUUAAUGUCUUAAUGUUCGUGUUCGUGGUCCAUCUAGUCUUUGCUCAUUUAGUGAACAGACUUUAAUGAUUUUAGUAGGGAUCCCGCCUUCAGCCUCGCCAGCUGCGUGGCUUUUGGUUUGCUAAGACUGAUAAGGGGGACGGUUUUCGGCACAGUGCCGACUUCACUGUUUUGUCUAGAAUGCUUACAGAUAUUUGAAAGUGUUGAUUUUACGCGGCACCAACUCGGAAGGACCCGGCAGGACGGUGUGAGGGACUUCAGCCCUGAGUGGAUGCAGGUGCCCUCCAUUGUCCCCCCAGGAGCCCAGCAGCGUUUGGAAGUUGGCGCCCCUGUUCUGUGCUGAGGGCCAAGGUGUGGGUGCGGUGCCAUCAGGCGUGGGUGCUGAAGCGGGAUCUGGUGAUCCUGCCAUUGCACUGUUUUGCAUUUGUGUUUCAAGCCCCCACCCCACAGUUGCAAGGGUCGGACUCUGGGUGCGCUGCCCCUGAGCCACAUCCCCAGCCGCCUUAUGAGAACCUUAUUUUGGAGAAGGUCUCAGGGACAUGCUUCAGCUUGUGCUCUCCCUGCCUCAGCGCCAAUGCGGGUGGCCCAGUGCGGGUGGCCCAGUGCGGGUGGCCGUGGGGCCUCUGGUGGCGCAGUCUGCCUUGCUCUAGUCCAGCUCAGGUUCCCUCCAGGGUCGUUGGCUUCGCUGUGUGCAGCUGCCGUUGGAAUGUGAUCCUGGGUGUGGGUAAAACAAGGUGCACAACCCCGAGAGGAGCCACGCUGCUUACCCAGGGGUCUGCGUGUCCUCCGCACCUGGUGGAGUCCAACUGGCCGUUUCCAGAGGGAGGUGGACUUCACUAGCAGACUCGGCUUGCCUAGUAAUGGUGGAGUUCAUGUUCCCAUAGAUGUCGAGUCUUGGGGGCCCUUGGCCUGCCCGUGUCUGUGAGCACUGCCACCUCACCCUUGCCUUGACGGUGACUGGCUCCCUUCUGAGUGUGAUGGAGCUGCCAUCCCUGUUGCUCCGGGUCAGCACAGGGUGGGCCUGCGGAGCAGCUCUUGGGUUCUGAGUGGCGCUGGCUGUGGGGCUGGAGAAGACAGCCUGGUGUUGGCACCGCUGCCUGGGAGAGCCGCGUCUUGGUCCUGGAAAGCUGGCGCGCUCCUAAAGGGCUGCAUGGCCGUCUUGCUGAAGGCAGCCAGGGCUUUCGCGCCGUGAGGCUCUCCCGUCCGUCCGUCUCCUGUUAGAACCGCGUGAGACAGGACCUCUGGUUUUCUGCAGAGCUUUUUUGUACUCACUUCUUUAUUGUUCCUGUCCUUCAAGAAAAACAUGAAUGUGUCCACCCUUGUGAAGUUGCUAGUGACCUGCUGAGCGGGGUUAUCAGUGAAAGGUGUCAGGUAGAGCUGAAUGUGUUCUGCUGUUGAAAUAGGCUCGAAAGUGGCAGUGUCAUAGGUUAUGUGUCACUUUAAGACUGUAAAGUUCCUGGGUUUCCUGCUAAAAAGAAUGCACAGGACCGGGCAAGGCCUGGGGUGGGUCCUGCCUGCGCAUUGACCCCCAGGGCGCCGAGCCUCACUUGGGAAGCCUCUCUUUUCCUGAACUCACAUGAGCUCUAGAAGAUACUGGGCUAACUUGAAGCUGUGGUUCAAGCAGAAGAUCAGCAAGGAGGAGUUUGACCUGGAGGCCCACCGGCUGCUCACACAGGACAAUGUGCAUUCUCACAACGAUUUCCUCCUGGCCAUCCUCACGCGCUGUCAGAUUUUGGUUUCCACACCAGAGGGUGCUGGAUCUUUGCCCUGGACGGGGGGGUCUGCGGCCAAGCCUGGAAAGCCCAAGGGCAAGAAAAAGCUCUCUUCUGUUCGCCAGAAGUUUGACCAUAGAUUCCAGCCCCAGAACCCCCUCUCCGGAGCACAGCAGUUCGUGGCAAAGGAUCCCCAGGAUGAUGACGACUUGAAACUCUGCUCCCACACGAUGAUGCUUCCCACGCGCGGCCAGCUCGAGGGGAGGAUGAUUGUGACGGCCUACGAGCACGGGCUGGACAACGUGGCUGAGGACGCCGUCUCAGCUGUGGUCUAUGCGGUGGAGAGCCACCUCAAAGACAUACUGACGUCAGUUGUAUCCAGAAGGAAAGCGCACCGGCUGCGAGAUGGCCACUUUAAGUAUGCUUUCGGGAGCAAUGUGACCCCACAGCCAUACCUGAAGAACAGCGUGGUGGCCUACAAUAGCCUAAUCGAAGGCCCUCCGGCUGUGUCCACUCCCUGUGCGGGUCAGAACCCGGCUGCCCACCUGCCCCCGGACGCUGCUGAGCAGCAGGCCGCACUCCUGCUGGCCUGCUCUGGGGAAGCGCUGCCUGCUCCUUUGCCUCCAGUGAACAUGUACGACCUCCUUGAGGCUCUGCAGGUACACCGGGAAGUCAUCCCUACACACACUGUGUAUGCCCUCAACAUCGAGAGGAUCAUCAUGAGGCUCUGGCACCCGAAUCACGAGGAGCUGCAGCAAGACCAAGUCCACCGCCAGCGCCUGGCGGCCAAGGAGGGGCUUCUGCUCUGCUAAGUGGGAUUGGAGGGUGUGGGGUCCUCACGGGUCUUUGCUUGCUGAAGAGGGCAUGUUUGGGGUCUGCAUUUCGAGGCUGAAGUGUAGAGUGUACAUAUAACCUUUCCUAUGGAAAUGGACAGUGAGUGUGUUUUCUGUUGCUGCUGCAAGGCCAUUCGUGUAAAUACAGGCCACCCUGUCUGCGUGUUCCCAGUUACGGGAGCAGGCGUGAUGAAGUCCUGUGCCUGGAAGGGGACGCCUGUCUGAGGCCCUGUGUAAGAUGGACCAUCCUAGAGUGAAGGCGCCGUUGCAGCCUGUCCCCUCGACUGACAGGACAUUCUUGUGUUCUGUGUCUGGCCAGAUAAAACUUUUACACUCUUGCUUUUUGUUGGUAUAACCUAUCCAGUGUUGAAACUCGGACACCUCCUUUAGUGACGGGUUUAAUUUUUAACACCUUGAGGUAGCCUCCAAGCCAUCCACCAUUUCAGCUCCACAGAAAACGUGACUUGCAGAUGCUGUGCUGUUGGACAAAAUUAAGCCCAGCCAACCCACCCUCCUGGAACGCAGUCUGCUUUAGAAGACGUCUUCCUGGGGCUCCAGUUUGUUUAGUGUUGAAGUGCCCAGGGAUGAUUGGCAGGUGCUUCUGUUAAUCAUCCUUAAAAGAUGUCUUGCUAUAGCUAAUUUGUAUAGUGUUAAUAUGACCAGUGGUGACUGAAGGCACGUCUACUAAUUAUUCCUAUAGAACAUGUUUUAAGAAAUCUUACAAAUUGGAUUUAUGGUUGGUAAUUCUAUUUGUAGGAAAUAUCUAUUUCUACCCUUUUAAGUGCUAAAUUGAAAAUAAUCUACUUUGACAGUGUUACUGAAAACCAGUUUUGUUUUCUAGAGAUACAUAUGCUUUUUACUCAAUAGUGUUGAUGGACAAAUUAGACUGUAGGUGGGUUUGUGUAGGACUGAGGAAUGGAUGUAUGGGUAUGUGUAUAUAGUUCAUACGUCUGAAGCUCUGUAUUUGAUUUUGUACUUUAAGCGUGACAAAUGUUUUGGCAGAAAACCUUUUUUUUUUGUUUAUUAAAGUAAGUACAUAAGGAAGAAUAUCAUACAGAAAUAGUAAAGCCCUGCUUUGUGAGAUCUUGGCAGAGACUUUUCAGAGUGUACUGGCUGAGAAAGACUGAAGGGCAGGCUCCCGUUAAGCUUUACCAUUUCUCUCUUUUGUGAUGUUUUUAACACCAAAGAGAAAAAACAGCUUAGUUUCAGCUUUUGCAUAAGCCAUUUGGAGUAUUCGGUAAGGCAGGACUCUUGACUUUUUAGAAUCUGGAAGAAUUUGAGCUGAUACUGAAGCGAGUAUGGAGGUUUUGUUUGGGACUGCAGUACCCCGGGCCUCCGCUGCCCAGGAGCAUGCCGGCAUCCCCUGUGCUCCCACAUGGAGGCAGCCAGGAGCCGCUGUCUUUCUGCCAUAGUGACAGGGCCCCUUGGAGCCUGUGCGCAGCAAACCCAGGAUGCCACUGGACUAGCUCCCUGUGCUUCAUUUUCAUUUCUGCGCUGAUAUAAGAAAGUCUGCCUCCGUGACAGUUCUCAAGAGGACUCCCAAACUGGGAGGUGGCAAUGAGGCAAGGCAGGCAGACAGAGUAAAUGGGGUUUCAGGAGAGCCCCUCAAAAGGGAACCUUUGUGCCAAAGACGGGCUCCACCCUGCCACCUCCAGCUGGAGGGUCCCAGGGCGUCUUCUGCAGUUACCCUCAGGAGUUACCCAGAAAACAGUUCAGUGGGGGAAAAGCAGCCAGAGACCAGGUAGCUCAGGAGGAUCCCAGUGACUUCUGUAGGACUAUGGAUGAGUCUUUGCUGUAGGUGUGCACACUCGGUGAGGCCUGCCUUCUCCAGGGUGACAGGGCUGGUGUGGUGUGUGCCAAACACUCCCUUGCACUGACUGGUCGCCGACCUUCCCGGAUUUCCCAAGGGUCUUCUCAGUGCUUGCUUUCCACUGGCCACCUGUCUUACUAUGUCUGACUCAAAAUGGCCCUGGGAGGAAGGGUAAUAAAGCAGCCUUAGGGGUCAGGCUUGGCCAGUGUGGCCAGCAGAACAGUCCAUUUAGUUGAAGGUUUAAAAAGGAAAAACAUUGUCUAGAUGAUUCUUGGAGAGCAGAAGGUACUGACUUGAGUUCACAGAAAAGGAGCAUUAACACGGCAGGACUCAUUUUACUAAGCACAGGAUAAAGGAAACUACGGGCCCAUGAUGCUUUUGUCUUAGAAGACUUUUAUGAGAAUAAGAUACAAAGUUUUCUACCCAUCAGCUUGUGGCACUGAAUUUCCACUGAUGGUAAAUUCAUAUCCCUUAAGGACUUUCCUUAUGUGGUUUGGUAACAUUCCAUUCCUGAGCAUCCAAAACGAGAAAAAGAGCUAUUUAUGGUAGACCUCCCCCACCUUUAAAAGCCAGUUUAAGACCACAAAUAUUUUCUUCCUUUGCCUUCAAGGACACCAGUAUUACUGUAUCCCAUGAACACUUGGAUUCAGAGGAUAGUAUGUUGGUACAGAACUAGAUGGGGAAUAUAGACAAAAAGCUUAAAAUGUAAGUAACUUUUGACACUGUCAGCAGGUAAAUAAAAGCACCAUGGCCUAGUGA